AUCUGCCCCGCGAUAAAAGGACAUUUUGGUUCGAUAAUAAAAAAAGUCGAGAGCGCAACGGCCCUGCGAAUUGCAUCACCACCGACCGCAACAGGAAAGCAGAAGCAACGAAUCAGACACUCGAGCGACACGCAACACAAGACACAAGGGGAGCGCCAUGGCCGCCGCAGACGCAUCCGAGAAGCUCGCGCUCAUCCGCGAGAAUCUUGCAGAGAUUCUGAACCCGGAGAUUAUCGAGAAGAUCCUGGACGAGGGCCGCCAUCCCAAGAUCUACUGGGGAACUGCGACAACCGGCCGCCCUCACUGUGGCUACUUUGUCCCUGCCAUCAAGAUUGCUCAGUAUCUGGCCGCCGGCUGCCAUGUGACGAUCCUCCUCGCCGACAUCCACGGGUUCCUCGACAACCUCAAGGCGCCGAUCGAGCUGGUCGAGUUGCGAGUCGAGUUCUACCGAUUUGUCAUCAGCGCCAUCUUCAAGGCCGUCGGCGUGUCGACGGAGAAGCUCAAGUUUGUGCAAGGCAGCUCGUACCAGAAGAGCCCCGAAUACAUCAUGGACGUCUACAAGCUGUCGUCUGUCAUCUCAGAGCACGAUGCCAAGAGAGCCGGUGCUGAGGUGGUUAAGCAAACGGACAAUGCGCCUCUGUCUGGUCUGCUCUACCCCAUUCUUCAGGUUCUAGACGAGCAGUACCUGGAUGUGGAUGCCCAGUUCGGCGGUCUUGAUCAGCGCAAACUGUUCAUUGCCGCCAAGGACUGGCUACCCAAGCUGGGAUACAAGGAGCGAUGCCACCUGAUGAACCCCAUGGUUCCCGGCCUCAAGGGUGCCAAGAUGAGCUCAAGUGACGAGGACAGCAAAAUCGACCUUUUGGAUGCCCCCGAUGUCGUCGCCAAGAAGAUCCGCAAGGCUGUUGCCACCCCCAAGGUGGUUGAGGAAAAUGGCAUCCUGGCCUUUGUCGAAUACGUUCUGCUGCCGGUAGCAGCUCUGCGUGGAAAGCGAGAGUUUGUUGUUGACCGUGAGAGGGACGGUCUGGAGCCAUUGGUUUACAGCACCAUUGCUGAGAUGCACGAGGAUUACAGGAAUGACGUGCUGUCACCACAAAUUCUCAAGGCCGCAGUCACAAAAUCACUAAACGAGCUGUUGGCCCCCAUCCAAGCAGAGUUCCAAGCGUCAAAAGAAUGGCAGGAGAUUGCCAUUAAGGCCUACCCCCCACCAGCAAAGAAGGAGAAGAAGGUCAAGGACAAGGGCAGCCGCCACCCUGGAAACGCAAAACAAAAGGAAGGGCAAAUAGACGUCAAGGAUCUGAAGGAGGCUGUGAAUGAGGUCCAGGGGUGACAAUGUAAAUACGAACAGUGGCAUUCGCAAAGGGAGCGGGCGCUUUGACAAUCUUCAGACUGCGGCAUAGACGAGCAGGGCGCAAAACAUUCUAGAAUACCCGAUAUAUACGGAGUACAUGCAGUUACGAAUACAUUUGGUCUUGAUACCUGGUAUCAACUCGUUUGCAGAG